AAGAACGUGUGCGGCUAACCUCUGCUAUGGUCGUAUGAUAGCCGAAGCAAUCACCCCCUCUGAAUCCGGAGCUCGAUAUCGACUCCGAUUACUCUUCAAAUCCCACCUCGGCAAGGGCGCAACAGGCGGAAGCGCAGACGAUUACUACGCUUGCCUGUGGUGCGUGAGUGCGGCUGUGACAGUGCGGGAGAGCGACGCGACUGUCUUCCGGUCAGCGGACGACCUCCUGCAGCAUUUAUCCCGACACCCGCAGCCAUUACCUCAAAUACCUGGGGUGAACGUUUGCUAUGGACCCGAGCCAGAACAGCCCGAUUUUGACCUGCACCUGCCCGACGGCCCUGUGCCCGUACCCAUGCCGGACAACGUCACCCGGUUGGCGACGGCUAUUGCAAUCAAAGACCACUUUCGACGUCAUGGGCGAGGGAAGCUCGAGAAGCCGCCGAGGUAUGAUGGUGAAAUGCUUGAGUUUAUGGAAGGGGCGAGGAUCAUGGGGGUCAUGUUCCCCGAGAAGUGGGAGGGCAAGUGGUGUCUGGGGAGACAUGACGGAAUGUUUGGGGCUUUCCCGUCGAAGGUGAUUGAGCUCCGGGCGCCGCAGGAGAGUGAGGUUCCUGUGCGUGGGGAGAGUGGGAUGAUUGUGACCACGCGGUGGAAGUGGACUCCUCCCAAAUCCGGCGGUGUAGCUUGGGUGGCGUUUGGGAAAGGCGAGGUCAUCACAAAUGUCCAGUGUCUUUAUGCGGAUUACUGGUGCUGGUAUGGGACAAAUAGCAAGGGCAAGACUGGUGCAUUUCCCCAGUCACAUGUCGAUUUGCAGACCCUCAAAGCGCAAGAGUCAACUGCACCGAGACGUCCAAGGCGGGGAUUGUUUUUGUUUGGAAGAUAAUCUCCGCGUCUGAAACAUUAUGGUACUCCUCUUCCUUGCCUCACCCUGUCUGUACCGUGGUGUGUGCAGAUGGGGAACUGGCACUGCUCAUGAUGAAGGGGGCUGAGAAGGUAGUCUGUAUGUCGAUAAUGAGUUGUGAGGGCCACGGGGUGACCAAGCUAGCAAGCUUGAGUCCACAUGCUCAUUCUUCCCAGUCAGCUCGGCUCCUUCACUUCUCUGCUCACCAAACCACAUACCUCAUCACAUCACACAAGCGGGGUUGAACAGACUGCCCAAGAGUAGCUAGGAUGAAAAGUUCGUUUACAGUCGAGGCAGCCUAAGGAGGAAUGGAUGAUUCGGGACCUACAAGGCCGAAUCGGCAGAUGGCCGGGGAGGUGUUAAGAUUUUUAGUGUUGUUGUAAUGGUUAUGGUAGCUACCUGGUUUGUCUGGGGCAGACCAAUCAGCGUAUCCCAGCGUACCCUGUUGCACAUUUGUUGCCAGACUCGUCUCGGUGAGACGGCUUUGAGACCUACAAUAAAGACCUACUAUCGCC